AUGCCUGGGUCUAAUCAUCGAACCAUUUGCAAGUUUGGUGACCAUGAAACCGAGCGGUUUAACCCUGUUGGCCUUGCUAUAACCGAAUUGGUUCAAGCGGUACUAAUUACGCGGUCAAAACCAGAGCUUCCUAUAAUAUCUGAACUUCCUAUCUCCACACCGACGUUCUAUGGUAGAAGUACGGAGCUUGAAACGCUAUUUGAUGUACUCGAUCCCACUCUACCAGGACAACACGGGAUCGUAAUCUUUGGUAUCGGAGGCUCAGGAAAGACACAACUUACUCUCAAAUACAUUAAAGAUAAGAAAAAGCUCUAUAGUGCUGUGGUCUGGAUUAACGCAUCUACAUCUGAGCAACUUACACAAUCGCUUACCGAUGCCUUCUAUAUGAUUUCCAACUCAUGGACGCAUAAAGAUAGGUCGAAUACGUACUCAGGGGAGAACAAGAGAGAUUUCGUGUUGGCAAGACUAAGAUCGACUCUAAAGCGGAAUUGGCUUCUAGUUAUUGAUAGUGCCGACGAUCCCAACAGCAUCAACCUAGCCCAGCUAAUUCCCGAUUGUAUUUUCGGCGCAAUUAUUGUAACAAGUAUGCGAAGAGACGCAUCGGACAUCCUCGAGCCAUAUGGAUUCGAAAGUAUCGAACUUGAUAACCUGGGUGACGCUGAUGGAGCAGAGUUAAUUUUGGAUAGAGCUCGGAUAUCAGUCCCGUCCCACCGAUCCAGCGAUGCCAUAUUAAUAGUCAGAGAAUUGGGAGGUCUACCACUGGCUCUCGAGCAGGCAGGAAUUCUGCUACGGAGAAGGGUUGUCGGUCUAGACAACUUUAUCACAGAGUACCACACACAGUACAAGGAACUUAUGGGCCAUCUUCCCAGAGCCGGGGAAGUGCAACAUGAUAAAUCACGCUCUAUGUAUACAGUUCUUAGCAUACUUUAUUCCAACGUCAAGACGGAAUCGCCCAUCGCUGCAACGAUACUUCGACUUUUGGCCGUCAUAGGACCUACACAAGUCCCCAUAUCCAUAUUUCUAAACAUAUUCCAAUUCGACUCCAAAAUCCCUACUACUGACAUAGAGCUUCAAUCUAUACAAAAUUCCUCCAAGUCAGUUGCUACUUUUCGUCUCCACAUGACUCUUCUUGAGGACCUCUGUCUGGUCAAAAUCAAACCUGCAUCCAUAGAUCAUCUAGAGUCAGUACUGCUGCACCGAGCUGUUUCCCAGUGGAUUACAAAAUCGCCGUCCGAAUGCGAACCCCGGUGGGUAAUAUUUGUUGCCCUGGGAUUGGGUAAUGUUCUCUGUCGUGGAGAAGGGAGCCUCGACUGGCCAAUGGGUGGGACUACUUCGGAUUCAUAUAUUUCAAGAAUAUGCCUUUCUUGGAUAGACCAUAUCGAUUUCCUUAUUAGAGAAUCCAUUGACUCAUCUACCAUCCAACCCCCUCAUGGGCUUUUUGCGGCCGAAUACGCAAAUAUAGCCUGCAACUUUGGGUAUAUCUAUUUCUGCAAUGCACGGCACGACGAAGCCCAGGUGUUUCUAUCCUGUGCUCUCAGUUACUAUCCCUUUAUAUCUGCAACCGAUGAUGAUUUCCCCGGUGGUAUUCUACGAUUAUAUUACUGUCUAGCAGUAUCCUAUUAUGAGACAGGGAACCUAGGUAAAGCAGAGGAGUUUCUUAACGCAGCGUUUAAUAAUUCAGGGAAGGAAAGUAACGAAUAUGCAAAAAUGAUCAGUUUACAGCAGUUGAUUUGGGAUAAGACUGCCACUAACCAGCAUCAUCAAUCCUCGGCAGGAAUUUCAGCACAUAGGGAAAAUAUCAGACGCGGCAAACAACCCGUACAACCGCGCAGAGCUAGUCAGAAAGAUGAACACGAGAAAGCAGACGCUAUGGGUUGUACACCUGAUGCUGCUCUAACAACAUCAUUCCUUAGAGCUGCUGCUGCGACUUUCGACGAUGCUAUCGACAAGGGCUAUCGCGCUUUAGACCCGCUUCGACGUUCCCAGGGAGUAGGAGUCUCAGAAUGGGAGGUGCAUAGACUGAUAUCCCUGCACUUACCUGCAAGAGUAAAGGCUCAUAUCGUAAAAAGGGCAACUAUGAGCUCAUUGGAAAAUAACACAACUGCUACGAAAGAAAUAUUACUAGAAGACAGUUUCUAUAGAAGAAUUCUCGCUCGGUCUACUGAACAUUUGGGGAUAUAG